GCGCUGUUAGUAAAAGUUGGGAUAGAGUGAGACGCGGAGCGCGCGCGAGAAAGAGAGAGAGAGAGAGAGAGAGAGAGAGAGAGAGAGAGAGAGAGAGAGAGAGAGAGAUUACAGUCUAUAGCGCUCAUUGCAAAGUUGUUUAGAAGAACAGCUGAACUCUGCAUGAACAUUCAACCUUGGAUACAGACAGAAAGAGAAAGACAGAGAGAGAGCGAGAGAGAAGGAGAGAAAGAGAGAGAGAGAGCGCGCGCGCGCUUUCGAAAAACUUGACACUCGGUGUGUUUCCAAAAUUCAGAAAGUUGAGCUGUUUUAUUCUGUACUUCAGUAAAUGUUGUGACAGUAAGGAGUGAGCCGGCGUGGAUCGACGGGAGAGAAGCCGAGCUGUCAAAGCCGAUGAGUAGUGCAGACUGCAGCGGGAAUGAGGAGCUGGACUUCAGGCUGAUCUUCGGUGAAGACGGUCAGCACCAGCCGCCGCCAGGCCCAGCAGAUCUGGAGCCGGAUGACACCACAUCGUUCUACAUUCUGAACGUGGGUCAGCCUCCAACAGUGGCGAACCAGACCUUAGGUGUCCAGAGGCAUGGAGUCCAGCCUCACUCCCAUCUCAUCUCUACGUCUCCUACGUUGCAGCCUCUUCACAAGCCCUUUGAGCACAGCUAUGAGUCCCCAGACUCUAAAUACCCUCCCAGUGGAGGUGGAGGAGGUGCAUGUAGGCCUCUCAAGGCCUUUGAAUGCCCAAGCAUCCAGAUCACCUCUAUCUCCCCAAGCUGCCAGCAAGAGCUCGAUGGGAAUGAGGCUGACCUUCGCUCCAAAGGUGUGGAUGGGGACUUCCACGAGCGGCCGCUGUCCCGGGACCACCUGUAUUUGCCCUUGGAUCAUUCAUACCGCGACUCAUCACUGAGCCCAAGUCCUUGCAGCAGCUUGUCAUCACGUAGCUGGUUCUCAGAUGCGUCAUCAUGCGAGUCCAUCUCGCAUGUGUACGACGACGUGGAUUCAGAGCUGAAUGAAGCAGCAGCACGUUUUACACUUGGAUCUCCUCUGGCUUCGCCACAGGGUGCCCCAUUGGAGGAGCAAUGGCAACAACAGCACCAUCACCACCACCAUCCUGGUUACACCCCAUCACUCUCCCACCCACACACCCACUCUCUCUCUCCACGUCAGUCACCAGGUCACUCACCACGUACCAGUGUGACUGACGAGAACUGGCUCAGCCCACGGCCACCUUCACGUCCAACCUCACGGCCUACAUCGCCUUGCGGCAAGAGGCGCCACUCCAGUGCCGAUAUCUGCUAUUCGGGUUCACCGCAUCACUCCCCAACACCAACCCCAGGCCCCUCCCCCAGGGGCAGCGUCACUGAGGACACCUGGAUCGGCAGUCCUAUAGAUAUGCCAUCCUUCCAGUGCUGCACCCCAGACCCUGACAUCCCGUCCAAAACCAGGAAGACAUCACAGGACUGUACAGCUAGCUUACAGACAACGAAAACCGAUCUCAGUCUGGACAAUUCAGGAAAUAUCUCACCGCUUCGUGAUUCGCCAGCGGAUGAAUCCAUGCACGGACUGAAAAAAGAUGGAGCUGGCGAGCAAUUCCUUUCGGUUCCUUCUCAUUUCACCUGGAACAAACCCAAACCAGGACACACACCUAUUUUCAGGACGUCCUCCUUGCCCCCCCUGGACUGGCCCUUGCCGAGUCAGUACAAUCAGUAUGAGCUGAAGAUCGAAGUGCAUCCUAAAGCCCACCACCGGGCGCACUACGAGACCGAGGGCAGCCGAGGAGCCGUCAAAGCAGCCUCCGGCGGACACCCUGUCGUCAAGCUCAUCGGCUACAACGAGAAGCCCGUAAAUCUGCAGAUGUUCAUCGGGACGGCAGACGACCGCUAUUUAAGACCGCACGCUUUCUACCAGGUUCACCGCAUCACAGGCAAAACGGUGGCCACAGCGAGCCAGGAAAUCAUGAUCGCUAGCACCAAGGUCCUGGAGAUUCCUCUCCUUCCUGAGAACAACAUGUCUGCCAGUAUUGACUGUGCCGGGAUUUUAAAGUUAAGGAACUCUGAUAUCGAGCUGAGAAAAGGUGAGACGGACAUCGGGCGGAAAAAUACCAGAGUGCGUGUGGUUUUUCGGGUUCAUAUCCCACAACCCAAUGGAAGAGUUCUGUCUAUACAAGCUGCCUCGAUCCCUGUGGAGUGCUCCCAGCGCUCAGCACAGGAGUUACCUCAGGUGGAGAAGUUCAGUUUGAGCAGUUGCCCAGUCAGUGGAGGAGAGGAAAUGGUCAUCACAGGUUCAAACUUCUUCCCUGAGUCUAAGGUCAUCUUCCUGGAGAAAGGCCCUGAUGGGCGACCACACUGGGAGGUGGAAGCCAAGAUCAUUCGGGAGAAGAGUCAAGAGUCAAGCAUUGUAGUGGAAGUUCCACCGUACCACAGCAAGAGCAUAACCUCUGCAGCGCAGGUUCAGUUCUAUGUGUGCAACGGAAAGCGGAAAAGGAGCCAAUCACAACGUUUCACCUACUUGUCAGUCCUAGUUAAACAGGAGCACCGAGACGAUUUGGACCCCCCUACUGUGCCGCCGAUGCCCAUACCCCAUGCACAUGCUGUUGGUCUGGUUCGUUCUCCGGUCCUGUCGUCCCCGGACCACUCGCAUUCACAGGACGGGCUUCUGCCUGGCUCCCCACAUGGACUGGCCCCCUCCCUGCACCCUCUCCAGACACCCUGUGCUCCUCUUCACUCACCUAACUUCUCUCACCUGCCUCGCCUCCAGGCCCUUCACCCACCUCCUGAAUGCCAGAUGCCCUUCCAUCCAGGCAGUGUGCCCCCCUCCAGGCCGACCUACCCCCCUCUUCAGCACAACCUAUCGUUCAAUGGCCAAGCCAAUCUACCUGGAGCCAGCUCUCAGGCAUAUGAGCGUGUGCCCUUCCAACCAGAGCCAGUUGGGUGCCACCCUUUGGGAAUGGGCAUGGUGUAUGGCUCACCAGUUUCAGCUCCUGCCUCUGGAACUGGCUCUUCAAGCCCCAGCCACUCUUCUCCUCAACUCCACUCCCUUGGCUAUCACUGUGCCACCCCUGCUCAGGUGACCUCGCCCACUCAUUCCCUCGGUCAACCUGGAAUGCCACUCCAGCGCUCGCUCAGCUACCAUCCAGUCGGGCAACGUUCGGCCUCAUGCCCAACCCCCUCCAACGUCCCUGUCCGAAUGAUACCCCAACCCCACUCGGGUCCAUCCUCUCCUCAGCUGCAUUCGCUGCCCUACCAGUCACCCACCUCAUCUUCUCCCACCAGCAGCCCUCUGGGUGCCCAGCCCUCACCCCAAGCUAACAGUCCUGUCAUGACAUGUAUUCCCACCACAGGACCCAUGGUGCAUCCACUGGCACGGCAACAAGGCCCGUUUACCAGCGACGGAGAGCAGCUGAACAUCAAGCAAGAACCAGAGGACAGAGAACUCACGUUCCGCUCUAUAGGCCUGCAGGAUAUUACACUGGAUGAUGUAAACGAGAUCAUCGGCAGAGACAUGUCUCAGGCUCCAGGGGUUCAUGGAUCCUCAAGCACGCUGGGACCCUCGUAGCCCAUUGCCCUCUGCACUUGUCUGUACGGCAGCACGUCUGUGAGUCCCGGCGAGCUCUGGACUCGAGAGACGCAGACAGACGCGGCGCUUCCAUCCACACGCAUCUUUUCAAACGAGACCAGACCCAGCCAGAGAAGAUCUACUGAUGCUGACAUUCAUUCAACCAACCAAGCAUCACAGCAUUCACAAACCAAGUUAUAAAGAAGAUAUUCAGGAGAAAACUAAGCGAUCAAACAAAAACACGCUGGACAAUGUGGCUACAAAUAAUAAACAGUUCAUCUCUUUCUCUCUCUCAGCUUCUUCUCGCAGUAGUUCUCAGGCACUUUUUGUUUUCUUUGGAUCAGCCAUCUAAUGAAAAGAGCAAUCUAUGCAGCCCAGAAUGAAUAUGCAAUACAACCAACAUCACACAGACCAAAUGUAGCAUAACAUAUGUAGAUGCUUUGCUCUGGAUCUUGGGUCAGAUUGGAUGGAAAAUGGAACUCAAGAGGUCUUUCGAUUAUCGCUGAUGCUGCCUCUUGAAAUCAGCGUGAUCUCAGCGGCGCCCUCUGGACUACGUGCUGCUGAUGUGCUAAAGAUAUGCAACAUUCCACACUUUUCGAGUCUUUUUUCGCCUCUUCAGGUUGAACAAAUGCCUUAUAAGCCUAGCAGCUUGGAUUGACUGAAAAAAAUAGCUUUUAAUAGAGACAUUAUAACAAUAACGUUAUAUUGUUAUGGGUUUUUUUUUCUAAAUUUUGUUUUUCAUAAAGCUGAAUUCUGUGCCGAAGACACAGUUCAAGUUUGCGUGUUUUGCAUUUCAAGUUCUAGCGUGCAGCAAAGCGUGUAACAUUUACAAACGCAAUACAGCUGAACUCCAUCGUGUAGGAUCCGUACUCCGCACAGGACAUCCAUAGCACUGUAGAAAGUUAAGUCUAACUUGGAGCGUCUGAGACGUCGAGAGAAUCUGUCGUAUUGUCGGUGUGCUAGCUGAUACUCCCGUGUGCCUUUCAAAUGACAAUCAUGCUCAGAUAUAGAAGAAACCAUGCACAUCUAUUCAGUAUGGCGGCCAUAUUGCCCUGGUUAGAAAUGCUGCUUUCAGACUACGGAUUUUUUUUAUGUUCUACAGCAUAACCAUAGCCUUAUGUUUAUACUAGCAAGCAUCAGGUAGACAGACAUUUCCUAUGUACAUUUACAACAUGGAGAUACAGUUUCACCACCAACACCAGUGUUGGCAACAAAUGCUAAUUAGUUAUGAUGUGGUAAAGCAACAAAUCCAAACAGCGGGCUCGAAUGAUUCAUCGGAACAACUCUACAGCAAGCAUGGUCCGUCGUUGUCCAGUUACCUUAGCACCAUUUACUGAUGUAUGUUUGCUUUCAAACUAAUUAGUGCAUAAAUAAUUAGCUUUAUUAAGCUAUGACACCGGUUUCAGUCCUAGUGGAUACUCAGAGAAACCACAACGGACACUUGCUAGUGCAAACGUAGGGUUGAAAACAUUGAUACCGGUUUGGGUUACUGUUUUUGUUCAAAAACGAAGGUUGAUGGUUAUGAUAUCUCUAUACAUUUGACUAGUCUACCAGCAUGUCAUGUAGAUGCCUCUCUGAAGGGAGAAAAACCCGUGGUGUGAAAGCAGCCAACCUGCAUUUUGACAAUCAGCAGCUCAGUGUUGCAGGAUAUGAAGUUAUACAAAGCCGUUAAUAUUUUUUUUUUUUUACCAAUUUCCAGAAAAAUAAAUAUAAAAAAAUCCAAUUUCACCCCCAAACCCAAAAAAAGAAGCUAGAUCGUAAACAAAGCAAAUGAAAUCAGUGUUUGAGGUUACUUACAAAAACGUCAGAUUUGCUUAAGUUUUUUGAUAGUGAGCAUUGGGUGCUAUCUCUGUAAGAAAUGUGUUUUUAAUUAGCUGCGUAGCUGAAGGUUUGAAUGAAAGAAAUCUGUGAAGAAUUUGUACCGGGUCCCUGCCUUAAAAAAAUAGACAGUAAUAACUCUUGUAUGUAUAUUUUAUCUAUUUUAAAGAGACUGGUGGUGACUGUUGUUAGAAAUUGAAAACAUUAAAAACAAAAAAAAGGACAAAAAAAAUUUGGGAAGAAAAUUUUGCUAUGCACUAAAACCUGCCUGUUGCCUUUUGACAAAAUAAACGAUUAGAAAACGCACACCUUGAUGCCUCUAGACGUAGAGCAGCUUAAAUAUAGAGCAGCAUAAUGCCAGAUAUUCUUUCUUCAUAUCAGAGCUGUGUGCGCGCCUGCUUGGUAGAGGACUAAAGUGUAAGUUUGUAAGCAUUUUAACAUUUGUAGACAACUGUUUUUAUUUUAUUCUUUUCCAGUCUCAGCAGUGAGAAGGCACACGGAUAGAUGCAUUUAGGCUAUGCAAAGGCAGACAGCAAGAAGUCAGGGCAAUACCUGGCAAGAAAUCAAAGAAAAAAAUAUAUGUUUGUUAGCCAGCUCUUGUAUAUACGUGUGUGCGUGCGUGUGCGCGUGUAUGUGUGCGUUUACCAGUAGUGACAAUUGACAUCAAUGCCACUUUUGAUUAUUUAAUUAAAACUAUCAAAUCUACAGUAGAAACGCCUUAAACUUGUAUUUGAUUCACAGAUGUUUGACAGUUCUAGUUUGAUUUAGGAAUAGCUCUUAAACUCAUCUGUAGAAGGAGGGCAAGACGAAAAACAGGCCGUACGCCAGAAAAGCAUCGACUUUUGUCCUGUUCUUCAAACCAAAGACCGAACAACGUGUUCCUGUUUUACAGACAGAUGACAAACAUAGACUCUAAAACUCUAUUUUUGAUACUUUGAAAAAGAUGGAUGUCAUUCCGAAAGUUGGGGGGAAAUAUAAACACAUUUUGUAAAAUAAAAGGGAAAUACAGGUUUUGCUGCUGUUUACAGAGCCUUGUAUUGUCAUUUCAUGUAAAUUUUGUAUUUUAAACAUUUUUUUUGUAAUUUUUAAGACUGCAGUGCUUUUUUUGAAAUUAUCCAAAGGGAAUAAAGUUGCAUUGUAGGCUCUUCUGAUGUAGUGUAUCAAUAAAAUGAUGGGGAAAAAAGCGGACCAGUUACUUUUCUUUGAGUGAAAAUUAUUGUU